UCACAUGUGAGCUGACGUCACAACAAGCAAACGAUCUCACCUGACAACUUCAGGUCGGUGACGAGGCCCCGCCCAUAAAUGACGUCACUGCCAAACCUGUGUUUCCGGCUGAACAGAAAAACGAGUGAGGCUCAGCGAAGGAAGCAAGAUGGCGGAGGCGCCCGAGCUGUUUAACGAGCAGGAGCUCACCUGUUCCAUCUGUUUGGACCUCUUCACUGACCCUGUGUCCACGCCCUGCGGACACAACUUCUGCCAGGCGUGCAUCGGCGGCUACUGGGCGUCCAGCGCCGUGUGCACCUGUCCGCUGUGCAAGCAUCCGUACGAAGAGCGGCCGCAGCUCAGCAUCAACAAAGUCUUCGCCGUCAUCACCGACAACUACAAGUCGUCACGCUACGGCGCCGCCGCUGUGUCUGCACCGGGCGCCGCCGGGACCAACCCCUUUACGACCAAGUCCGGCGAGGAGGUGGUGUGGUGCGACGUUUGCACGGGAAUCAAACAGCCGGCCGUCAGCUCCUGCCUCACGUGCACGGCCGCCUACUGUGAGGAACACGUGCAGCCGCAUCGCACCACGCCGUUCUACGCCAAACACCCUCUCAUGAACCCCCAGGACGCCCUCAGGGGCCGCACCUGCACCAUCCACCACCGCCUGAUGGAGGUGUACUGUCGGACAUGUCAGCGCUGCAUUUGUGCCAUCUGUGUGCUGGAGGAACAUAGAACACACAAAACUGUUUCUGUGCAAACGGAGCGACUCUACAAACAGAAACACGUGGCGAGGACGGAGCAGGACAUCUUGAACCGCAUCAAGGAAAAAGAGAUGCUGGCUUAUGACCUAAAGAGGAAGCUGGAGGCGGCGAAGAGCUACGGCGACCGAGAGCGCGGCGAAGUGGAAGUGGUGCUGGACGAGGUCGCCGCCUCUUUGGACCAGAUCCGCUCGCAGGUGGUGGGCGGGAUCCAGGAGCAACAGGAAGCGCUGAUGUCCAGGGGGGAGGGGUUAGUGAAGCGCCUGGAGGCGGAGCUGGGCCGGCUGACCGACAGGAGGGCCACGCUGGAGGCGCAGGCCGUCAGUCAGGACCACAUCGGCUUCCUGCAGAGCUUCGAGGAGGCGGCGGCUCCGCUGGGCAACGAUCAGCCGCUCAACGUGGACGACGACUUUGUCCUCCACUUCCAGCUGGCCAACAUCAAAGUGGCCCUGGCAGAAGUCCGGGACAAGAUGUAUGACAUCAGGACAGGAGGCGUCCAGCGUCCAGCCCCCGUCGGAUACUACCCGCCUCCUGAGAUGAUGCCCGGAGUCCGCGACCACGACCGUCUGAAGAGCCGCCAGUGGUCCCUGAAAGACAUGAAGAAGUCGAAGGGCGUCUCAGGACACAAGAAGGCUCGCGUGUACACAGCGGACGUGAGCUUGAACCCGGCGACGGCAUACCCCUUCCUCAUCCUCUCGGACGACAGGAAGCAGGUGAAGCGCGGCGAGAAGCUGCAAUUCUACCGCAACAGUCCGCAUCGCUUCGACGUGUGGUCCUGCGUGCUCGCCAAGGACGGCUACGCCUCGGGGCGCCACUACUGGGAGGUGCUGGUGGGUGAGAACAAGGACUGGAAGGUGGGCGUGGUCGGCGAGUCGGCGCAGAAGAAGGGUCUGUUCGACAUGAGCCCGGCCAACGCCUACUUCGCCAUCUGGUGGAGCGGCAGCCAGCUGCGGGCGCUCACCGCCCCCCCGCUCACCAAGGUGAAGGCUCCGCCCAAGCUGAGGCAGGUGGGCGUGUUCCUGGACGUGGAGGCGGGCCAGGUGUCCUUCUACAACGCCAAGUCGGGCUCGGAGCUCUUCAGCUUCGGCGGCAUGUCCGAGUUCGGCGAGCGGAUGUUUCCUCUGCUGGGCACCGGCGACAAGGAGGUGCCCCUGGUCAUCCUGACCUAGGCAGGGGGCGGGGCUUCUUUUCUGGGGGAACGAAUCAUUAAAGGUUGGCCUGUUACCACGGCAACAAGAA